CGUCUUCGUCCCACGGCCGUCGUCGCAUUCCUUUUGUUCCGUCGGGCUAUGGCUCGCGUCCGCGCAGGAAUACCGUGCGAGCCGGUUGUUUAAACCGCGGUACGAGGGGCACCGUUUCCCCUCGCUUUCCUUUUAAAAUGGCCCAAAACCGAACAAAGAUCCUACUCUUCGCUCGCCCACCCUCUGAAAACCCCCUCAUCUGAUGGCUCUCUCCGUGCCGCCCGCCACGCAAAACCCUCCCAAAACUCUCCCGAAGACCCCCUUUCUCCCCUCCUUCUCUCGCUCCCGUCGCCUCUCCAUCGCGCGCCCCUCUCGCCCCCCUGCUUCCAACCUCGCGGUCGGCUUGAAGACCCAAAUCCGCUCCGCUCACGACACCUCCCUUCUCUCCGCCGACGCCUGCCACCGGGACGACGUCCUCCGUGCCGCCCGGGGCGCCCUCUCCAACUGCCUCUCAGAGACCCACCUCGAUCGCACGGUUCCGGGCCUCACGGCCAAGGCCAGGGGCAAGGUGAGAGACAUUUAUGAUGGUGGUGACUAUCUGGUUCUGGUCACCACCGACCGGCAGAGUGCUUUUGAUCGGGUUCUCGCUUCCAUCCCUUUUAAAGGCCAGGUUCUUAAUGAGGCAAGUCUAUGGUGGUUCAGUAAGACUCGACAUAUUACCCCAAAUGCAGUGGUUUCUACUCCUGAUAAAAAUGUUACAAUUGCAAAAAAAUGCACAGUUUUCCCAGUUGAAUUUGUUGUAAGAGGUUUUGUAUCUGGCAGCACUGACACAUCACUGUGGACAGUUUAUAGCAAAGGAGUAAGGAAUUAUUGUGGCAUUGUCCUUCCUGAAGGUAUGGUAAAGAAUCAAAAGCUACCUGCAAAUAUACUUACACCUACAACAAAAGCGAGUGAUCACGAUGUUCCUGUGUCUCCUGAUGAGAUCAUCAAAUUGGGUUUGAUGACACAAGAUGAAUACGAUGAAGUAAGCAGCAAAGCCUUGAGCUUAUUUGCAUAUGGACAGCAAGUGGCAUUGGAGAAUGGCCUGCUAUUAGUUGAUACGAAGUAUGAAUUUGGAAAAGGAGCUGAUGGGACGAUUAUGUUGAUUGAUGAGGUGCAUACACCUGAUUCCAGUAGAUAUUGGAUUGCUAACUCUUAUGAGGAGCGGUUUAAUGCUGGGCUUGAACCUGAAAAUGUUGAUAAGGAAUUCUUGAGAUUGUGGUUUAAGGACCAUUGCAAUCCAUAUGAAGAUGAGGUAUGCCAUCUAUACUUUUGUCAACUUAUUUCUAUUAUUGUAUUUGCAUUUAGUAUAGGAUAUCUGGUGGCUUUAAAUUCUCAGGUGCUGCCAGAGGCUCCUGAAGAACUUGUUUGCGAACUUGCAUGGCGAUACAUCUUCCUCUUUGAAACAAUUACAAACUCAAACUUCGAGUUGCCGCAAGCAGAGGAGCCAAUACAUGACAGGAUUUCCAGGAAUGUUUCACAGGCAUUAUCAUGUAUAUGAUUACUGAUUAUACCCUGAAGGAACAUGGAGGAUAAUGACCAAUAAUGCAUUAUGGAAAAUCUAAAUAUUAGAUAAUUUUUGCCUCUAAGUGAUUAUAAUGUAGACAAUAAAUUUUUUUAAGCUCCAUGUAAUUUUCAUUUGAGGUCAAUAAAACUUGCCGAAUAUGUGAUUGUAACUUAUUCAUUUUGUGUGUGAUUUACAGUUAGAUAUUUUUUAAGUUACAUAUUUUUCAUAUGAGGUCAACAAACUUCAGAUUAUUCAAUUA